AUGAAAAAAUUAAUUCUUCUUGACCCUCGGAGUAUUAAUCCGAAAUUAGAUGAAUGUCAAUUACAUUUAUCUACACCAUUUUGGAUUAAGUGUCUUGCAUAUAUUACAGAAACACGAACAUCAUUUUUAACACUGCGAUAUCUUGGACUAUUAAUAUUUAUUUAUGAAUUAUGUAAAUAUCUUGAUAAUACAGCUGCACAACAAAUACUUCAUCAACGUUAUUUAAGAUAA